CCCCGCGGGGCAAACUGGCCGGCCAUAUAACGGCCGAGGCGGGAACGCCAGCCACAACACGGGAUACCCAACUUCCAGCCAACAUGGACUCCUGCCUUUUAACCCUUUUCGCGUUGGUCUCCUCGGUCCACAGCCUGUUUGCGCUGCCGUCUCAAGACGCGUGUCUCCUUCCUCAGUACAAGGGGCCUUGCAGGGCAAAGAUAGCGCGCUUCUACUACAACACCCUAACUCAGGAAUGCGAGGGGUUUAACUACGGAGGAUGCCAAGGAAAUGGCAAUAACUUCGAAAGUUACCCGGAGUGCCGAAAAACCUGCUUCAGAAUACCGAAGAUUCCUCAAAUCUGUAGGUUGCCUCAGAAGGUUGGCCCCUGCCGGGCCCUCCUCUUGCGGUACUCCUUCAACAUGACCACCAUGCAGUGUCAGCCCUUUCACUAUGGUGGAUGUCAAGGCAAUAACAACAACUUCUAUGACGUGACCUCCUGCAAGGAGUACUGCAGCCCACAGAAAACCAUCCCUGUGCUCUGCUUCGAUCCUCUGGACAAAGGGAGAUGUGCAGCCUCCAUACAACGGUAUUAUUAUAACACAGCCACCAAGAAGUGUGAGGAGUUCAUAUACACAGGCUGCGGAGGGAACAGCAACAACUUUGCCUCAAACGAAAGCUGCAUGGAAGUCUGUGUUAAAGGGAGAAAAAAGAGCAUUAGCUCAGGAAAAAUUCGUCAGAAGAAACGGGACAGGAAAAACAGCAUCGUUUUCAUGAAGGCAUAGGUUUGGACAACGGGUCCCAAGUGGUCCGACUCCUAACAAGCACAUAAUGCAAACUGACAGUCAUUUAAGAAGGACCUGUAUCUCGUUAAUGCUACAUAAUGGACUGGAUAUUCAAAAGUGAUCAUUUUCACUGUUCUUACUGAUGUCAGUGUGUGUUGCAGAGUCUAUAAGACUUUGGUCAACCAUAUGAAUUAAUGUGAAUCAAAAAACACUGACCACUGUAUUACUGUUGGCUUAUUUUACCAUCAGCAAUGGCACACACAUUUCUUUUUCUCAAUGGCAAUUGGAGUAAAUGUUUUAUGAGAGACCUUUUAACAUGGUUUUACUGUUUUUGUUGAUGGAGGCUGCUACAAUAAUGUUCAGUUUGUUUAUUUUAUAAUGUACUGUAUGAAUGUAUUGCCUUUAAUAUUACACCCGCCAAUGGUGGUCUUUUUGAUUGGCUGUUUUCUAUUGUAUUAUAAGCAGAUUUAUAUAAUAAAUAAAUAAAAUACUA